AUGUCUCAAGUCUCAACAAUAGAUAACGGAGCAACCUCAUCAUCAUCAUCGGCAGGAGGGAAUUAUGAUGCCAUUUUGGAUGCGGGGAUUGAUAGUAUCGAUCUUUCAAAUCACGUUCAUUUGAAUAGAGAAUUGGAGAAGGCUUCUGAUGAUCAAAAAGAAAUUGUUUAUCCAACUUUGAAUUCCGAAAUUGCCACUAUUGAUUCAUCAAACAAGGUUGCUGAAAAGAAGGAAUUUGUAUCAAAGGCUCUGUUAGUUUCGAUAGGAGUGGGAGGCAUGGGUGGUUACAUGUCUGGUAAUGUUAUUAGGAUUGGUAGUAGAGUUGUUUUUGGUGCAAUUGCUGCUGUUUUAUUGCUCGGAACCACUUUUACUUCAGUUUCAAGAACCUCCCUUAGAAAGAAGACCUCCACGAACAAGAUGGUCAAUGAUUUGGAACAGUAUGAAAUGUUGGCAAAGAUUGGAAUUGAUGCUGCUAAUAAGCAAUUGCAAAAUAUUAAUUUCAGAGAAAUAAUAGUUCACAAAUGGGAUCAACUCAAAGAAUAUACAAAGGAUAAUUAUGCACUCACAAGUUCAUUCUUGUUGGGUUUUAUUAUUUCCAUGUUUUAAAUAUUAUACUGUUACCUUAAUAAAUUGUUUAUAUCCUAAC